AUGGGUGUGAGAAAAGUAACGGAGGAUGUUGAAGAAGAAAUGGAGGUCUUUCUAUAUCUCUAUUUUCAGACCAAGAUUAAAGAAUUGAAGCAAAAGAUUUCAAAUCUCGAGAAAGAGAUAGAGGAACUCAAAGAACAAAUAAAACAAAAAGAUCUCACUAUAGAAGAAAUGGCUGCUGAACACAAGAAAAUGGAGGAACAUUAUAAAAGAUUAUAUGAGAGUGAAGUUGCUGGUCACAAGUCUACACAAAAUUCCCUACAAGAUGCCAACAGAAAAAUAUCUGAUUUACAGGAAGAACUUGCUCGAACAAUGCAGGACCUGGAGGCUAAAUUAGCCCUUGCUCAGAAACAGUUUGAUGAAAAACUAAAGGAGACUGUGGAAGAGAAAGACAAAGAAAUAGCUGAGAGGGAUGCUAAACUGAACAGAUUAAAACAACAAAUGGCAGAGUCUUUAAAAGGAAAUUCUUGGGAACGUCAGCAGCAACUUGAGGAAUUAACUAAAGAAUUGGGGAGAAUUCAAGACGAGGCAGACACCCUUCGUAUAAAACUGAAACAAUUUAAAUCUAGUAAAACGUGUGGAAAUUGUCAAGAAAUGACCUCAAAGUUAGAGAAAGCUGUGGUAUCACUGAAAGAGAAAGAUUCCUCUAUUAAAGACUUAAAUGGACUUUGUUUAAAAUUUGAGUCACAGUUAAAAAAACAAGAUGAACUUCUAAAAGUGUUUGCAGAUAAAAAAGGUUAUAAAGCGUCUAAAUGAAAAUAUAUAUAAAGUAAAUAAUUUCAUCCAGCAUUAAAAGUGGUUCAGUAUGAUUAAAGGGAAGCUACUCUGAUAAGAAUUUUCAUACAAUUUGUAUCUUCCAAAUUGAAGAGUUGAAAGUGUGACCUUUAGAAAGCAGUGUUGCCAAAAAACAUGAAAAUUGAGAAAAGUUUUCAGAUACUGACAAGUUAUUUUUAGUAACUUUUUACAGUACAGUCUAACCUUUUUAUGUGAUAACCAGAGAUUUACUAAUUUACUACAGAGUGAUGGGAAUUAUACAAAGUGAUAAGAAGUUUUAAAAAUAUUAAAGGCACAUUAUUCCUCAGAAAGUUUUCAGAAAUAUCCAACAUGUGUUGGAUAAUGUUUUGAUAGUGGAUUAAGAGCAUGUUAGAUGUUUUACAACUGAGGAUAGUUUAUGUAUAUGGCAAAUGAGUAUUUUUAGCUCGACUAUACGAAGUAUAUGGAGAGCUGUCCUACUCGCCCCGGCGUCGGCGUCGGCGUCCGCGUCCGCGUCCAGAUUUUAGAUUAAAGUUUUGGUGCAGUAAAAUAUUUUUCACUAUAACUUUGUCAUUUCUUAAGGUAUCAACUUCAAACUUCAAAUAUAUGUUCCUUAUCAUCAACCACAUCUUAUGUGACAAGGUUCAUAACUCUAGCACCAAUAUUUUCAGAUUUAUCUCCCCUUGAACUUAGAAUUUUCCUUAAAAAAUACUAUUUUUUAUUGUUACUUCUUUAUUUCAUAAGGGAUCAACCUCAUACUUCAAAUGUAUGUACCUUAUCAUCAACCACAUCUUAUGUGACAAGGUUCAUAACUCUCGCACCAAUAUUUUCAGAUUUAUCUCCCCUUGAACUUAGAAUUUUCCUUAAAAAAUACU